AUGAGCGCGCAGCCUCAGCUUCAGCACCUCCAGAGCCAAGUCGCAGUCGCGCCAGCUGCGGCCGCUCAAGUCGCCGCUGUACGUUCCCGCGGCCCUGCGUCGAACCGAGCGGGCACCAAAGCCGUCACCUCUCACGCCGCCGCGCAGCGUCCACGGCUCAGUCGACGGGCAGGACGGGCAGGAUGGCAGCAUCACGCCGACGGAGCGUCUGUCUCGCCGGUCGACGGUCGACAGCACUCGCAGCGGCGUCAGCAGGCUCGCCCAGGACGAGUGGCUGCGGGAUCAGAAUCUCGGAGAGGUCACUGGCUCGCCUACCAGGGAGCACUGGAAGGUAUUUCUAUCUCCCUUAUCCCCCUUCCUUUCUCAGUUUUACUUGCCGACUCUGCUUCUCCCUCCUGCGACUCGCCAGUGUGCAAGUCGUUCUUCGGCAUCUUCGUUCGUCGCCACCACUGCCGUCACUGCGGCCACGUCUUUUGCUCCUCCCAUACCCCCUACACCAUUCCACUCGACCAGAACGCCAGAUUCCACCCGGACGGUAUCCCCUCACGCAGCUGUGACCUCUGCUGGGCCGCCUACCGCCGCUGGGAGCAGGCCCGCGCCGAUCGACUCAACCAGAUCCAGCAUAACCUACUCGCCAACCUCAACGCCCCUGAGCGCAGCCAGGGAUGGGCCAUCGAGGCUGACCGGCUCAGUAUUGCCGACCCAGACGCUGAUUCAGACGAGCACCAGGACGGCAUGAUUGCCACCAGCGUGCCCAGAGACUGGAGCUGGAGCACCUUCUAG